AUGACCACUUGUUUCUCUCCUACCCCUCAACUCUCUCUCCGACUCCAUCUCCAUACCAUUAAGCGCAACCCACCACCGCUACCACGACCACCACUAAGCGCCACCGGAACCAAGUCAGCGACACCCACUCUAGCGCCGCCAUGCCACUCCAGCAUCGUCCUCUGCGUCACUUCAGUGUCGACAUUUCUCAUUGGAGAAGUGACACGAGAACCUUAUUCUUCUUUUAUAGUUGAAAGUGUGAUUGGUGGAGAAAUCAGCAGAAUCAUCCCAACCAGUCUACAAUUUGCCUCCUUCAUCCUACUGAAAACCCUAGCCCCACCCUGCUGACUGCGGCUGGUCGGACCACUUUCACCGUCACCAGAAAACCACAUAACCAUCUAUGUUCCUCUUUUGAUUUACAGAAGUAAGUGAAAAAAACUUCUUUAACAUUUGAACAUAGGUAAGUACAACAAGAAUCUUGGCUCUCUCUCCUCGCAUCUAAUCUUAUUUUCCACUCGCUGCUGUUGUUGUCGCUUCUUAUUCAUGUCUCAUUCUCACAUGUUCGUUUUGUCUUUUUGAUUCCAUUAGGUUUAGACUGCUAGGUGUUUGAUUUGAUUUGGGGAGUUUUUAGAAGAAACUCGAUUUGUUUAUCAGAGUAAUGAAUUUCUAUAGGUUCUGUAAGUUUAGUUCUGAUUCCAAUAAAAAAAAUAAAGCACAUGAAAGAAAAGAGGAAGAUGGCUCCUUGAACAACCCCCACCAAAUAAUUACAUACAUUCUUGUGUUUUCAAUAAAAGAUUUCAUGGUUUUUUUGUUAAUUUGUAGGAUUUUUUAUGUAAUUUGAUCAUUUCAUUUGGAGAUUUAAAUUUGUUAACCAGAAUAAUAUACAUGUGUCAUCAGGUUAUGAGAUUAAAUGAAGAUGGUUUGGACACCACACACCUUAAAUAUGAGUUUUUCUAUUUCAUGAAUCGAGCCUUUUAUCAAUAACAGUGGUGUCAAGUUAUAAGAAGCUUAAUUUAUGUAAACCCUUUGGAUAUUUUAGAUAUAUGAUAUUAAAUUUGAAGAUCUUCAUUUGAAUUUGAUUUUCCAAGAUGAG